UACAUCGAGUGUUAGGUGGAAUUUCCCAGGUUACGACAUGGACCACUUCCGCAAAUUUUUGGACAAACGAAGAUACUUCUCGGUCUGAAAGUAGCCAUGGAUUCCCAAGGCUGAGGAGCUGGCGAUGAUGGAAGGAAAGGGCCCGUACCGCAUUUACGACCCGGGUGGGAGUGAGUGCCAACAGGGGCGUGAGGAGUCCAGUGGAGGAGUAGGAGUAGGAGGAGGAGGAGGAGGCAGCUACAGACAGCUCCUGGAGGAGAACAGCGUGCUGAGAGAACGCAUGAAGGGCCUCAAGAGUCUAGGUGACCUCCUGGAGGAGUCCCAGAUGGAGGCGUCCAAGCUGAGGAAGCGGGUGGAGGAGCUGGUGCGGGACAACGAGGCGCUCAAGUCGGCCACCCCCAGCUUCGCCUCCAGCCUGUGCAUGGGGACGCCCGUCCAGACCGACACACAGGGCCAUGCCAAGCACCAUGCACAUCUGAGUGCUGAUUGCACAGAAGCGCGGGAAUGCAUGACGGCCAAGACACUGCAGCCAGACCUCAACGAAGUGUCCUCAGAAUUUGAGGUUGUGAAUAUGGAAGAUCGUGGAGCCGUCACCACAGAAACUCAGGCGGCCCCUGCACCUUCUGCCAUGUCAGCGACCGCAUCGGUGGCAACGGCAGUAGUCGCAUCGACAUCAUCAUCCUCCGCGUCGGCGGUUCCUUCUACUUCGCAGACGAUGCCCGCGACGAUGGUGGCGGUGGUGGGCGCCUCGGCUAUGCCCGCGCCUAUGGUGGUGGGGGUGGGCGCGUCGGCGUCCGUGCCUCACAUGCCCCACCAGGAGAACCUGGAGCUGGCCAGCCAGUUGCAGCGUCUGGAGAGCUCCUUCAGCGUCUUCGCCGAGGAGUCCAACCCCAACCAGCUGCUGGCGCACCUGGGCCGCAUGGCCGUGGAGUUCCACCACCUGUCCUCCAAGGUGCAGAAGAACGAGCAGCGCACCUCACUGCUGCAGACUCUCUGUGAACAACUGCGGCAGGAAAACAACGAGCUGCGCAAGAAAAUGGAGGAGGACGUGCAGUACAGGAAUCGGGACCUGGAGCAACUACGGCAGGAGAACCAAAAGUUGAAGGAGCAGAUAGCAGGAGGUGGCGAGGGGGAGGCCAAGGCAGCAGCAGCAGCAGGAGGCGCAGCAGAGGGGUCCAAAGAGGAGGUGCCUAAAGAGGAGCAGCAGCAGCAGCAACCAACGCAGACGCAGACGCAUACACAGACGCAGGCCGCCAAGGUCAAGAUGGAGGCCGCCAUGAUGCAGCAGGCUGGGAAAAUGCUCGAGAAAACCCCAGCCAAGACCUGUGACCCUGAGGUGUACGAAAAGAGGAUCAAGCUCUUGGAGAAGCAGAGGAAAGAUGUCUUGGAAGUGAACAAGCAGUGGGAUGUGCAGUGGACCGCCAUGAAGACUCAGUUUGAGCAGAAGAUCACAGACCUGCGUCAGCGGCUAGCGGACUCCCAGAAGGCCGUGCUGGAGCUGGAGGCGGAACGCGAGCAGAGGCAGCGCGACUAUGACAAGAAGCUGCUGCUCGCCAAGUCCAAGAUCGAGAACGUACAGAGUGAGAAGGAGGUGCUGACGACAGAGUCGUGUGAACUGAAGCAGAAGGUUCGCUACCUGCAGGACCAGCUGCUGCCCCUCACCAAGCAGAGAGAGUACCAGGAGAAGGAGAUCCAGAGACUCAACCGGGCCCUGGAGGAGGCGCUGAAUCUGCACUCGCCCUCCACCACUCAGCAGCCGGGCAUGAACCUGGGAGACGGGGCCAUGAACCUGCGCUACCAGGAGGCGCUAACACAGAUAGCCGUGCUGAAGGAACAGGUGAAAAUCUUCGAGGAGGACUUCAGGAAGGAGAGGAGCGAUCGGGAAAGGAUGAACGAGGAGAAGGAGGACCUGAGGAGACAAGUGGAGCGACUGCAGGGCCAGAUGACCAACCUCACCAACCAGCUUCACCAAGCCCAGAAUGAGUGCCAGAGAGAACGGUCUGAGAGAUGCAAGCUGGAGAGGCUACAGAUGCAUCAUAAGCAGGACGGUCAGGCAGAGAGGCGUACCUCCGACCCCGCGACAUCAGGCGCUGGAGCAGGGGCCGGGGCAGGAGCGGGGGCUGGGGCCGGGGCGGCAGCGGCCCCCAACGGCCCCUUGAGCCCCCCCUACUGCGGGCCCUUCGUGCAGGUGGGCCACCAGGGUUUGGAGGGCUGGCCUAUACACUUCCCACCACGCAUGCCCAACCUCAGCACCGCGCCCGGACGCGACUUCCAGCCCGUCAACCCCGGCUUCCCAUGGCAGUCCUCCUUCCCCCAGCCCAGAGGCAGCAGAGGGCAGGGGGACACAGCACGCCCCCCACCGGAGAACGCAGAUGCCAGCGCGUCAGGUUACGGCAAGCGGGAACGGCAGAACGUGGACGCCGGAAAGCAUUAACAGCAGCACGGCCUCCCCUCCCCUCCCCGCCCCUCGCUGACUGGGGCAGCGCCCGGCUUGUAGCAUGAUGCAGUUCCACUUUUCUGUUGGCAUGGUGUGGUUUCAAGAACUUAGGUUCCUACUGGAUCUAUUAUUAUUAUGAUUAUUAUUAUUAUUAUUAUUAUUGUAAUGUUUAUACUAUAAGCCUAUUUGUGAGACACUGUUUUUCCCCCUCUUAAAAGAGUAUACAGGCAUAUUAUUUGGAUUUUCUUUUGUUUUCUUUUGUCGUUUGUUUUAUUUGAUUUAUUUAACUUGUAUAACUUUUUUUUUUUUCGUUUUUAAAUUAUAUGCGUUAUAGACUUCUAUGCAGGAACCGAUGGUUUUAUGGAUCAAAAUUUAACAAUGACAGCUUACCAAUUACCAUAGCCAGUGAAUGAGUGCUCCACUUAAACGAGUCAUCCAUCAUUAUUAUUGAUGUGAGUGUAAUAGGGGAAUAUCAGUCAUUUACAAUGUGUUGCCGUAGAGACGGGAGAGAAGGGAGGGAUUGUAUCCUUUUAAGGGCAUGUCCAGCGAUUCUGCUCCCUGGUGUACCUGGGCGGUAUUCCAAGAACCUGGCUCAAUGUAAAACCAGGUGAAGUUAGUGGUAAAUCACCUAAUAGAAGAGCAUGCAGUCCUCAUUUUCUUAACUAAAUGACACCCGUGGGCUAUCUAUUAGUUUAACCACUUUCAUUAGCCAGGUUUAUCACUUAACCAUGGAAUCUCGGAAUACCCCUGGCGUUCUGGAAUGUUCUGUUUAGGGGAUUUGCCAGUUUGUUUUCAGAUUGUAAUUGUGAUGUUCACCCACUGAUUUAAGGAUUUUUUCAUGUUUCUUGACGUUCAGGGUUUUUUUUUCUUUUCUUAUUUCUUAUGAUCAUAUGGAUGUGAAUUACCGAUGGUUUAUAAUUAUUAUUAUUUAUAAUCUUUUCCACAUAGACUAUUUGUUUUUGUUUUUGUUCCAAUGUCCUAAGUAUAAUGAUGCUCUUUCUGUAUUUGUCAGUGUCUGCCCCUUCCUGUAUAUUAUAGCUGUCGAAAGAUUGCAGUAAAGUGCGCACAAACAAGUGUAUGCACAUGGAGAUAAAAGCCCUGGUGUUUGACAUGAAAGUGGUACCCACUUAUCCCCUCCCUUUUCAUUUGGAAGCCAUAUAAAGGGAUAUAGUUGGAAGGAGUAGAAAACAAACUGGUCCUCUUCAGCGAGACACGACCGAGAAUGACUGGAGGAGCACACAGGAUACGUUUUUCUGUUAUUUUAUUGGGAUGCAAGCAAGCAUAGUCAUGCUUACAGUCAUACUUGCACAAUAAAAUAACUCGCACACUGACCAUUUUGCUGUCUUAAAUGAACAAUGUUUCGGUACUAGACCUUCGUCAAGCAAUUAUACCUUCAUCAGGCAAUUUUGCUUGAUGAAGGUACAGUACCGAAACGUCAUUCAUUAAAGAAAAACAGCGAAAUGGUCAAUGUCCGGGAGUUUCUUCAAGUUGUCUGCUGAGUGACCCAUGGGCCAUCUCUGACGCACCUGCCAGCUGAGGUGUGCGAAAAAAAAUCCAAAUUUAACAAUAAAAUAACCGAAAAACAUAUCCUGUGUUGCUCCAGUCAUCCUUGGCCCAGUCUCUCUGAAAUGGACCAGCUCAUUUUCUAUCGUCUACAGUCCUGGACUGUGAAUACCAAGAAGGCUAGAGGUUAGAGAGCAAGUGACCUCUUUUCCCAUAUUUGGAAAGAGGUUUAAACCAGUGGUGGUGUAGUCUACGUAGAACGCAGGUAUAUGCAGUAUACCCACUUCAAAAUGUCAGGGAUUUCAGUAGGCCCUAUAGGGAGGGAAAGUAAUCUCAUCGCCCCCUGCUGGCAACGUUCCAACCCCCUGCAACAAAUGAAUGUUUUUUUUCUUUGAAAAAUUACAUCUCGGCCCUGACGACGAAGUAGAAGUAGUGGCAGUCAUAUUAUGGGCAUGUUGGCCCGUUUUAUCGAAUCAGGUGGUAAAAUGUUCGGUUUUUCACUGAUCUGAGCAGCUUUUAAUAUUCUUUAAAAAGCUAAUACAGAACUACACUGACUGGCAUGUGUGGCUUGUUUACUCCAUGUAAUUAGCAUAGCCAAAUUAGCAUAGCCAAACAUGAGCCAGAGAGGUGGUUACUCGUCACCACAGAAGCCAUCAUAUCUUCUAGAGAAUUUAAAACCAUACCAAAAUGAUCGCGUGUAUAUAUGUGUAAUAAGAAGACAAUGUGGAACUCAUAGGAUUACAAGAAUGUGAAGAUAUGCGAAGAACUUGCGUUCGUUCGCGUUCAUUUGUUUCUCUGUGUAGUCAACGAGGCGCGAAGCACAGCAUGCUGGGAGCUGUAGUCCGUUUCCGACCAGAUUGGCACAAUUUCUAUUUUUCUUAAAAGGGCAAAAAAUGACUUAAGAUUUUCACAGGUAGUAGUUCAUGCUAUUGUGUACGCUGAAAAAUGUGUCUGGUGUUAUAGUUCCAAGUCAUAUCUUUGUGGGAUUUUUUUAAAAACUUGUCUAUGGGAGUUUCAAUAGGAUCACCCUGGUGUUUGGAACGUAACCGCUAGGAUCGCUGUUUUCCACUUUCCCUCCCAAUACCCACCUAAAAUUGAUUGUGAUCAUUUAGAAUAGCACAAAUAUGUAAAGUAUACCCACCACAAAGAAGUAGACAACACCACUGGUUUAAACCAGACUUGAAAACAGAUGUUGAUUUCUGGUUUGCACCAUUGCUGUGUAGGCUGCACAGUAGGUAUUUCAGAGGGCAUGGGUGGUAUUCCAAGAACACGGUUGAGCGAUUAAACCCUGCUGAGAGAGGCAACCUGCAGAGAGUGGUAAACCUGCUAAUGGAUGUCCCGCAACGAGCACUAUUUUAAUUCAGAAAAUAUAAUAUGGACUCAUUUAUUUGCUGAUUUACCAUUACCACCAAAGUGAACUAUUACUGAGCUGGCUUCUUGGAGUACCUCCCAAUGUUUAGUCUCUCUCCAGGGAAUGUUAACUCCAAGACUGGUAAAAUUGCUAAUAGCAGAGCCGUGUGGCUUUGUUUUGAAAGUAAUGUUAAGUUGUAGGCCUCAUUUUAGUAAAGUUAUGAGCUACUCCUGGAUGAGUGUCAAAACCCCAAUUCUGAAAUACAACCCCACUUUCAAAUGGGUGUGAGAUCUGGUCAUUGCCAGCAGUUAUAAGAAACCUGGAUUCAUAGCGUACAGUCCAGUGCCGUAUAUGCCAAAUGACUUGGUUUUACCUGUCCAAUUCAACCAGGUGAUUGCCUGGUUGAAUCAGUGUUCACCUGGUUGCAUUGGACAGGUAUAACCAAGUUAUUGGCAAUAUCUUACACUUAUUCACAUACUUCUUAACAUCUAAAUAACGUGCCUAAAUAAUGAAUCCAGGUUGGUUAUCACUGUUCGCAAGGGUGUUCUCUCAAAGUUGGGACAUGGGGACCUGCUUCCUGCAGCUUUGCCCCAGCUGGAGCAAAACCACUAACCUUAUCGUGGCUAGUUACAGUACAGUAGGCAAACCAGCUGUUGCUCACCAAGACCCGCAAAAUCUGUAGAUUGUGGGUACAGUACAUUUGUACCGAUAACGCUCCUUUGGCUGGCUCAGUGUGUGUGUGUGUGCGCGUGCGCAUGCUUGCCGUCACAAAGACAAAGUGAGGUUUGUAUUGUUAUGCGUUCAUCUCCACUUGCAAGUUGCCUUUUUUUUUGCUCGCACGUCCACCCCAGACUCUCUCCAACAAUGAGAGGUAGAUCUGACCUCAAAAUGUCAUGUACCGGGUCGAUGAAACAAGAGAAAUCUAGGCCUCCCAUUCAUUAAUUUCUUGUGAAAUUCCAGCAUUUUGUGAAAUUUAGGCAGAUUGAAUGCCCUGUUGUGGCCUGGAGUGAAGUGUCCAGAAAAGUGAAUUGGUGACAGAUUUUGGAUGUUAACGAACCCAGAUAAAGUGGUAUGCCAUUUAAACUGGACAGCCCUGUGGCCAUUUAGCACUUGAUCCAAGUUUAAUAUACACUUAAGUCACUAAGCUCUUGUCACUCACCACUCCCAUUUCAGAAAAAAAGGUUAAUGGACUCAACUCAGCUGUUGUAUAUCUGAUCACCCCUUAACUUCCAAGAUUGACUGUAUAUUACAAUAACAAAAUGGCAAGACAUGCAUCCUGUAAAUGAAAACGAAACUUGUUUAGGUACCGGUAGGUAGUUACUCUUGGGAUGCACGGUACAGCAAAGUUACACAAAAUUCCAAGUUUCAAUAUCAAUUGUGAUUUGCAAGUGGAAGGGUUGUCAAGUUGAAAUGCACUUUGAAAAUGUCUGCUUUCUUUUACUGGUAUAGCUGUGAUUUUGACUGGAUUGUAGUAUAGUGCUUUUGGAGUGACAUUUUUCUCCCUCGUAGGCAAAAGCACAUGUGAAAACCCUUUUGUAUUUGACUUAGGUUAAUAAAUAUAUUCUAAAUGUCUUUA